UCUCAGUAAGACAGCCCUACAACACAUAUCAGAGUCAGUGUUUGUGGGACUGUGUCGUGAAGUAGGGACCUCACAACUUGUGGCCAUGAGGAGAGAUGUGGUGGACAUCUGGGAUAUGGUGGAAAAUCCAGUGAAAACGAGGGAAGGGAUCAAUGUAAAUUUGAGUGGAAGUCAAGGAGAAGGAUUCAGAUUGGAAGGAUCAGAUAUAGACGCUAUGUUCUGGCCAAAUAAUCACCGUGUGAUCUGGGAAUUAUCUCAGUCUCAGUAUUACAACACACACAGACAAACACUGAUCCUCUGUGACUGUUCUGAUAGUCCACCAGGAUUCACUUUAUUAUAUUUACUCUCACCGAGCAUGAACAGACAAGUCCAGAGAGCUUGUAUUAGAAUGAAUAACAGACAUUAUGUAUCUAGUUCUAAAUACAGACAGAUCAUGUGUUUAGACUCCACUCAACAUGGACCCUGUGCCAGUGGAACAAUUGGAACGCAAGAUUAUGAUCACGCUUACUGUUUUGUUUGUGACUUUUGGCCUCCAUCUGCCUCCUCGUGGAUAGACAGAUGUCACUCAUGGCCCCAGCCUCAUAUUGUUGAUGAUAUAGUAAAAAAUGGAUGUCACUUUGUGGCAAUAGGGCAUAAGCUAGGAAGUCACGAAGACCAUGAAUGGAGAAUGUCUUUCUCUCUGGCAGAAAAAAAACUUGUAUGUGCAAUGAAUCACUGUCAAUUCUUAACUUACGGCUUGCUUAAAUUCCUCUUAACAGAAAUAAUUAACAAUGGAGUAGGUGAUGAUGAUAAAUUACUGUGUUCCUAUCACAUGAAGACAGCAGUUUUCUGGGUGAUUCAACAAAAUACGAUACCUCACUGGUGUCCACAAAAUCUCCUGGGGGGUUUCUGGGUCUGUUUUAAACUCAUCCUCAAAUGGGUGUAUGAGGGGGUCUGUCCUAACUUUUUCAUUCCAGAAAACAACAUGUUUCUGAGUAAAAUUCAUGGUGAAGCACAACAUCAAUUAUUUAUAAGACUGUAUGGAUUAUAUGAGAAGGGUUUAGCAUUCCUGCUACACAGCCCCUCCAUUAGGUUUUUUAUUAUAAAUGUUCUUCAUAACCCCAGACUUUCCAUCUGUACAGAUGAACAUACUCUGAUUUCUGAGACUAAGUUUGAUGUCAAUAUGUUUUCGGAAAUACAGUGCUAUGCAUCACUACUCAGACUUAACCCACAAAGCUGUAUGAGAUUUCUAGAUACAAUAGAACAGAUGAUAAGUUCACCCUUCUUGACACAGAAUCAAGUCCUAAUGCUACAGAAACUUACAGCUAACGUUCUUCAGAGCACUGCUUUUAUAUUACACAUGAAAACCUGUGCACAUAAAAACAAACUAAGGUACAGAGCUGAAAAAAUCUCCUUUUAUAUGCUGAAAUUAGCAGCCAAGUUAGGUUAUAUUACUGACAUGCUGUACAUAGCCAUGUAUUAUUACAGAACACUUAGAUACAUGGAAGCUUUAUCUAUUAUAGAGAUGAUCAAGGUCAAGUUAGCACAGCCAUAUGUGAUGUAUGGGGAUCAUGUGGAUACAGUGAUGUAUACUGAGGCUGUAGGGGGACAGUCCUGGUCGACAAAGAUGAGACAGGCUAUAGCAGGGGAAGUCAUACUAUACAAUAAAAUUCAUUACAUCAGUGAAUUAAUACCAGAACAACAAUCUGCGCUACUGAACAAUUUGUUUGUAUUAAUUGUCCCACCCUUUAUACUGUUAUACAUGCUACAGAUUUUGUGUUACAGACAUGUAGACACAAUGAGAGCAAAAACAGCUGUAGAUGAUCUACAGACCCUAAUUCACUAUGAUCACGAUCAGCUUAUAUCUUUAGAUUAUAGGGACAUAUCGUGGCAGAUUCUGGGGAUCUGUCAACAGGUGACAGGAAACCCCCAGGCUGCUCUAUAUUCAUACCAACAAUCUCUCAGACAAGAUCCACCCAAUGAAAUACUUCAAACGGCUACAGAAAUGAGAAUACACGAACUUUAUAGAUAA